CGCUCAUAACCUCGGGCCUUUGAGGCCGUAUUCCAGUUUCGAGAUAACACUUUCGCCGUUGUUCUCUUCUCGCAUUUCGUGUUAUGGUAUUUUCAAGAUUCAUGGAGCCGGUGCACAAAUGAAAGACGGCGAGAACUAUGAUCGUCUCAAAACGGCUCCUCCGGGCCAUUUGUCUGGUUGUGGGCCUGCUCUGCCUGCUCUAUGGAGGAAGUGCAUACAUCUUCAGUGUUUAUACCAACAGUAUCAAGAAGAAGUAUGGAUAUACACAGUCCGAAAUCGGUAUCAUCAGUGGUUUUGGGAAUGUUGGCGCGACCUUUGCUUUCCCCCCGGGAAUGAUGAUGGACAAAGUUGGUCCGCGGGUGACCGCCUUCAUCGGUAUCGUAUUCUCGACAUCUGGCUACCUGCUGCUGUGGAGUGCGGCAAAUGACCCGGCGUUCUACACCGACAAGGUCUGGCUUGUUUGCCUGUACCUCUCCCUCGCGUACUUCAGCUCUAUCGUAAGCUACAUGGCGGCACUGGUCACUAAUAUGAGAAAUUUCCGAGGACCACUUUUCGGGACGAUGGUGGCUGUUCUCGAGACGGCGUAUUCCCUUGGAUCGAGCAUUUUCAUUGCGAUUUACGGCGGAUUAUUCGUCAAUGGGCACGUUGAAGAUGAAGAAAAUCAAGAUCUCGGCGGUUUCUUUCUCUUCAUGGCAAUUACCGGCUCGGUGGUGAAUGGCCUAGGCGCACUGUUCCUGGGGUACUAUGAUACCAAUGAGGUUGUUCUCCCCGGGCAGGAUGACUACGAAAAUCUCGAUGAUGUUUCGGGGGAUUUUCCCGAACAUGAUGAAGAUUACGACGGCGAGAAGGAAGCUGUCGAAGACGUAACUGGGCUGGCACUGAUAAAGAAUUGGGAUUUUCAGUUCCUGUUCUGGCUCUUCGUCAUGUCGUCUUGUGAAAUAAUAAUGUUCUUAACAAAUAUUGAUGUUUACCUGAAAUCCUUUGGCUAUGAAGACAAGAGCACGGCAUUCAAUCUACUUGUUCCAAUCUUUGCUGUGAUCAGCAAGAUUGUCUGUGGGAUUCUGUCCGAUAAAUUUAUUGAGAAAAUUCCACGGGCUGCUUACAUGCUCGUGACACUUAUCAUAGAGACAGGCGCGCUGACCCUUUGCAUUUUCGCAUCGAGUAACUUCUACGUGCUCUUGUUUGCCACAAUCAGUGUUGGAAUUGCCUACGGGGCAGUUUGGUCCAUCAGCGCCACUCUCUGCGGCGAAUACUUCGGUUUGAAAUAUUUCGGAAAAAACUGGGGAGCAUUCGUGUUAGCGAAUGGUAUUUGUAGCAUAUUGCUACAGCAGAUAUUCGGUGCUGUGUACCAGGCCGAGAUUAAAUUACCCGGGGAGACAUUUUGUUAUGGCACCGGUUGCUUCAGUUGGAGUUUUGCAGUGGCUGCCGUGUUUGCUGGAUCUGCGGCCCUCUUCAACGUCGGCCUCAUUGAAAGGCGUAGAAGACUUAAAAGUUGAAGGCCUACGCCGUUGAGUAUUUGAAAUUUGUAAUUGGAAUUGAGAUUUUUAAUUGUGUUAAUGGUAUACUGAGUAUGUUCUAAUACUAUAUGAAUACCAAGUUUCAGCAAAUUCGUAUGCAUAGUAACUGCACCAUGGCAUUGGAUAUAACUGCAUUUUCUAUUUUCCCGGACCACAAGUUACUGGGUCCACUCGCCAAUAAGAUCCCAAGCCCGACAACACCCGAUUUCUACUGACGCCUCGAUGGGUA